UGUUUCCCCCGUGUGUGUGUAUUCGUGCACGGAUGAAUGCAAGCAAACACAUCGAUUGUUUUCAUUGAUAUAAUAUUUCCUAAAUUAAUUUAAAGAACGCAGUGAUCUCCCACUAUUUUCCGAUUGUUCACGGCUGUCUUUCAAGACUUUGUUAGAUCUGCAGCCCAGUUAAAGUGUGUAAGAGGGCGCGGGUGGGUUGGAAACCAUGCCAACGGUGGUCCUGAUGGAUGCCUCGCUCUCCAUGACACGCCCAGUGUCACUGGAGGGCAGCGAGGACUUUCAGAGGAAGAAUCUAGCAGUGCACGGGCUCACCAUGCUGUUUGAGCACAUGGCCACUAACUACAAACUGGAGUUCACAGCAUUGGUGGCCUUCUCAUCUCUAUGGGAGCUGAUGGUGCCGUUUACCAGAGACUACAACACUCUUCAGGAGACCCUGAAUAACUUGGAGGACUUUGAUAAGACGUGCUUAGAGGCCGCCCUGCAGGGGGUCAGCAACGUCAUGCAGCAGGAGUGGGGUAGUGGCUGUCCCUGUCAGGUGGUGCUGGUGACUGAUGGAUCGCUGGGUAUCGGAAGGGGUUCUCUGCGCCACUCCCUGCAGACGCUGAAGCAGCGCAGGGACGACAAGAAGUUCCCCCUGCCUUUCCCUUUCCCCUCCAAGCUCUUCAUCAUGUGCAUCGCCAAUGCAGAGGAGCUCCAGGAAACAGAUGCCAUGGACAACCUAGAGCAGCUGAUCAGCCUCAACGAGGGAGAUGGACAGAUCUUCACCAUGGAGGGCCCACUCUGUCUAAAGAGUGUCCAGUCCAUGUUUGGGAAGUUGAUUGACCAGGCAUACUCUCCAUUCCAUGCAGUGUUGCAUUGUGGGAACCUGUCCUCUGACGUGCAGGUGUUUCCCCGGCCAGAGCCCAUGAUUUUGGAUGAGGAGGUGGACCCCAUCCCCAAGGCAGUCCAGACAGACUUGGAGAUCGUUGGGUUCAUAGAGAUCGGAGACAUCGCCAGCCCUCCAGUGAUCUCACGGCAUCUGGUUCUGCCCAUAGCUGUGAACAAAGAAGUUGAUGAGGUGGGCACAGGAAACACUGAUGAUGUGGAUGAGGAAAGCUCCGCCAAUCAAAUGGCUGGAAAGAGCCCAAACUUCUGCGUACUUCUGCACGGCAGUCUGAAGGUGGAGGGGAUGGUGGCGCUAGUGCAGCUGGGGCCGGAGUGGUACGGGAUGCUGUACUCGCAGGCGGACAGCAAGAAGAAGUCCAACCUGAUGAUGUCUCUGUUUGAGCCAGGCCCGGACCCUCUGCCCUGGCUGGGGAAGAUUGCACAGCUGGGUCCCACCUCAGAUGCGGCCGAAAACCCCUACGGUGAGGACGACAGCAAGAGUCCCUUUCCCUUGCAGCCCAAAACCAAACGCAGCUACGCUCAGAACGUGACCGUCUGGAUCAAAGCCAGUGGCCUGCAGACAGAUGUGCAGAAGAUCCUUAGAAAUGCACGCAAGUUACCCGAGAAAACACAGACUUUCUACAAGGAGCUGAAUCGGCUGCGGAAGGCGGCUCUGGCCUUUGGCUUCUGGGAGCUGCUGAAGGGCGUGGCCGAGCUCCUGGAGAGGGAGUGUACGAUGCUGCCUGACUCCGCCCACCCCGACGCGGCCUUCCAGCUGUCCCACGCGGCCCAGCAGCUCCGGCUGGCCAGCACCGGAGACUCCCAGCAGGCCGCCUUCGACCACAACAUCACCCCCAUGCUCACCGACUUCUCCAGCGGAGGGGACCGGAUGUAGGGGAGGGGACGAUGGGGCAGGGGCUUCUCUCUCUGAGCAUGCCCAGACAAAGACCCUUUCCCUACAGAUUCCAUCAGUACCCAUACGCACGCCGACUUCUCCGGAGGGUUGGGGAGAGGAUGGUGGAAGAAGAGGACAGGAAACUCAGGCACUCAGACUUGUCCUGAAGGGAUAUGGGGUGGACAGAACAGAUGUGAUGUGGAACACCAUGUCCGCAGUGGAAUACACUCCCCACCAGCCAACCCCUAAGCACACCAGAUUACAAACCACGGUCAUCUCUCUCCCUCACUUUGAGCAUGCCCAGUGUUCUCUUCUCUCUGAGCAUGCCCAGUGUUCUCUUCUCUCUGAGCAUGCCCAGUGCUCUCCAUCUCCUUCGCUCUCUGAGCAUGCCCAGUGUUCUCCAUCUCCUUCUCUCUCUGAGCAUGCCCAGUGCUCUCCAUCUCCUUCGCUCUCUGAGCAUGCCCAGUGCUCUCCAUCUCCUUCGCUCUCUGAGCAUGCCCAGUGUUCUCCAUCUCCUUCGCUCUCUGAGCAUGCCCAGUGCUCUCCAUCUCCUUCUCUCUCUGAGCAUGCCCAGUGUUCUCCAUCUCCUUCUCUCUCUGAGCAUGCCCAGUGCUUUACCUCUCCCUCUGAGCAUGCCCAGUGCUGCCCUUAACUGUGAGCAUGCCUAGUGGGACAUAUUGACCUCAGCAUCAUCCCUUGAUCCACCUCAGAAGCUGGAGAGAUGGUGUUUGUCUGAGUGUGCCUAGUGGAAGAGCCUGACCUCUGGUGGCUCAGUUUAUAUUUUGUCUGUGUUGCAUCAAACAGCAGUCUAAUCAUUGCCUCAAUCAAGACAAAAGGAGUGAACUUUGAAGUGUUCUUGACCAUAACUUGAGAUAUCCUCUUCAAAACAAACAUUUUUUUAUGACACACAUACUUCCCAGCUUGUCAUUCUGUGCCAAGGAUUUUUAAAGUCUUGCAAGAGAUUUGUACAUAACAUUUUUUAAAAAACAAGACAAAAAAGCUCUAAAUAAAAAGAUGAAUUUCCUCUUUUGGAAUAA